AUGGGGAGCACGAACAAGAUCUCGCUAAAGCUGCUGGUUGAGACCAAAUCGAAGCGUGUCCUGUUCGCCGAGGCCGGCAACGACUUCGUGGACUUCGUCUUCAGCCUCCUCACCCUCCCCAUCGGCGCGGUGGCGAAGCUCGUCAGCGCCGGCACCAUGCACGGCAGCGUGGGCCGGCUGUACAAGAGCGUGGACCACAUGGGCUCCUCGUACCUACUCCCGGGCGCCGACAAGGCGGAGCUGCUCCAGCCCGGGGUGCUGCACCCGGACGCGCGCCACCAGCUGCUGCUCCUGCCAUCGCCUCCUCGCGCAAACGCCGCCCCACGGCUGCCCAAGUUCAAGCUGUACGCGUGCGCCGGUGCUGGCAAGUGCGUGACGGUCACCAUGGAGCGCGACGCCGCGUGCCCCAAGUGCAAGCUGCCGAUGGCCACGGAGAUGACGUUCGUGAUGCCGUCCGCCGCGCCGAGGGCGGCCGCCGGUGGUGGUAAGGGAGGCGGCGGGAAAGGCGUGGAUGACGAGGAGGAGCGCGGUGGCGGCGGCGGGUAUGUGAAGGGGCUGGUGACGUACAUGGUCACCGACGGGCUGGAGGUGACGCCCAUGUCGGCGAUCUCGAGUAUUACGCUGAUCAACAAGUUCAGCUCCGGCAAGGACGUCGAGCUCGCCGAGAAGUACGUCAGCGUCGGCAUGGACGAGGGGCUGGGCCUGCUGCGGGCGGCGCUGAGCUCCGACACGGUGCUCUCCGACGUGUUCCUGGCGAGGAAGAAGUGAAGGCGCUGAUCCAUGCAAUGCAAUGCAAGCUCCGACGACGACGACGAUCCUUGGAUUUGCGCCGUUGCAUGGUGGUGUCUUUGUGUUCGUCUUCAUCAGUGUUUUUGCUGUCUCGUCGUCUGUCUUCCACGCUGAACGAACACGAUGUGUGCCUGUGUGUGUUCAGUUCAGUGACACUAGUAUUCGUGCUGCAGACCCUUUUGUGCAGC